UUCGAUAGGAUAGCACUGGAUGUAAAGCAUGUAAAUUCAUCACGAUCGGGAUUUCGCUACAUCAUCGCAGGAAUUGAUUAUCUGACGAAGUAUGUUGAAGCAAGACCAAUACGUUUUCAAACAGCAGCAGAAAUUGCAUUAUUCUUAUACGAAGAUAUUAUAUGUCGCCAUGGUUGCCCUACAAUUAUAGUAACAGACAAUGGAAAACCCUUUGUUAGCGAUCUGAUAAGACAGGUUUGUAAAAAUUACAACAUCAUUCACAAGACAACCACGCCAUACAAUCCUCAGAGCAACGGUCUCAUUGAACGGUUUAAUCGCACUUUAACACAAAUUUUACAAAAACGAUCAGCCGAAGAAAAAGAAGACUGGGAUGUCUAUUUGCCAGCUACAUUAUUUGCAUACAGGUCCAUUAAACAAGCUACGACUCAACAGUCACCAUUCUUUAUGCUCUAUGGAUAUGAACCUAAAACACCAUUUGAUCUAGACCAUCACAUAUAUGAACGAAAUUCUCCCAAGUACGAAGCUAUACUAAAACACCGAACAGCGCAUCAAAUACACAAUCUCAACACGAUAAGGAUGCAAGCUAUCAAAUCAAUUAAUCAAGUACAGGCAGCUCAAAAGAAGUCUAUUGAAAAGAAAUUAUUAGAUGAGCAACGAUCCUGGAAGCCACCAUUCAAAUUAGGAGACAUCGUAUUACUUUAUAAAGAUUUUCUAACAACUUCAUGGUCAGCAAAACUGCAAGAUAAAUGGGACGGUCCAUACGUAAUCCAUCAUGUGCUAGGGAAAGGAACUUAUCAUAUCAAAAGUAUGGAUGUC